UGCAUUCGCUAGACAGACCGCAGAAAAUUAGCAAAAGCUACAGUCAUGUUCCGAAUUCUCUUUUUUCUUUGCGUCGUUGCCGUCUCCACCCACGGCUAUUUGCUCGGACCAUGGCCAGCUGGUCUCAAAAUGAAAUAUGGAUUUAACCUAUUUGGAAUGGGAUCCAAAGUUUUUAUAGACCUUCCAAGGACUAAUACCUCGGCUGUAGACAAGGGUUGGCAGUCAAUGAACAGACCUCGUCGUCUAUCUGGCUACUGUCCCCUGCAGCUCUGGUGUCCUACCGAUGACUACACAGUGUGCAUACACACUGACGAAACUGGUUACGUUGCUGGAGUACAGAUCGCUAUACCAGUGGCAAAGUUCAACUCGACCUUUGACAUGAAGGAACAAGGUUUUACAGUCUGGACAACCAUCUUUAACUCGAAGAUAGUCAGAUUCUGGGUCACCUCUCUGUACUUCGUGUCACCUGAUCGUCAAGCCAGGAUAGAUUCUCUGGAUGCUGAUAAGGUGUUGCGUGACGAUAACGUGUACUUCAAUAGCUUCAAUGGUGUCAAGGGUAACGUGUCCACCAGUCUCGACAAGCUUAGCAGCCUCUACACCAAACAGGCUUGCAUCGGAUGGUUAGGACGUCAAUACUCUUACAACAUGACAUCUCAAAUGGAAUGUAAAUCUACCACAAUGUCCUCGUGGACACCAAUCUAUUAUUCUGGACAGCUUAUUGGCUUCAGGUUCAUGUGCAUAGGUGAUUUGAAGUUAGACAAGAGUGAUAAAGACACCUUUGAACAUUAUAAACUGAGCAGCAUUAAGUCUGACCUGCCUAAAGCUCCACAAUGUUAUUAUGACGCUGCCAAGCCUACGGGAGCCAUAGCCAUGACCCUGAUCUUCAAUUCCAACUUUGAGCUGAUUACUUGUGUCCUAGAAUGAGGAUAAAUUGUAUCGAAGAAUUGAUCAAUGAAGAAAUAUAUGCUUUGCAUAAGAAAAUCAAACGAAUCAAACGAUAAACAUUUUUAGCAUCAAAAA